UUACAAUAUUACUGUGUGUGUGUGCGCGCGUGCGUGUGUGUUGGCCCUCGGUGGGCCGGGCGCGAGGAGAGAGGAGGAAAAGCGUGUUUACACAGACGGCCGAGCGCCUGGGGAACAGAGCAGGAGAGGAAGUGAGCCGGCUCUCUGUCUGCCUGCCCCAACUUCCUGCUCAGAGAGAGAGAGAGAGAGAGAGAGAGAGAGAGAGAGAGAGAAACACUCAGGAUCCCAUUACAGUCGGACUGUGCUGCCGAGGCGGCCGACAGCAUGGAAAAACAGGGCAUUUUACGGAAUUCUUUUUAGCACAUUAAAAGGACGGGGGGAAGCUCAGCCAUCUCGCUCGGCAGACAUGGAGAGUGCCAUCACGUUGUGGCAGUUCCUGUUGCAGCUGCUGCUGGACCAGAGCCAUAAGCACCUGAUCUGCUGGACCUCUAAUGAUGGCGAGUUCAAGCUGCUCAAGUCUGAAGAGGUGGCCAAACUUUGGGGUCUGCGGAAGAACAAAACUAAUAUGAACUACGAUAAACUGAGCCGAGCUCUGCGCUACUACUAUGACAAGAAUAUUAUAAAGAAGGUGAUCGGUCAGAAGUUUGUGUACAAGUUUGUCUCAUUUCCUGAAAUCCUGAAAAUGGAUCCCCAGGCGGUGGAGCUUGGCAGAGAAGGGGGCGGCAUUAUGUUACAAGAGGCCGAGUCUGAUGGAGGGGAGGGGGAAGAAUCUCCAAAACUCUCUCUGUCAUCGUUGAGAAGCCCCGCUGGCAGGAAUGAAUAUCUUAACUCCGGCCUGUACUCAUCUUUUACUGUAAGCUCCCUUCAAGGCCCACCCCCUCUGCUGCAUCCAAUUAAAAUGGAGAAGAGGAGAGGGGGGGAACGAGGGGAAGAAGGACAAACCGUGAUUAGGUUUGUCACCAAUCGGUCAGAGAAAGCAGUGCCCCUUUCCUCCUCUCCGGCCCUCACCUCAUCAGAGGUUUUCUUCAGCUCUAGAGCCUCCCCUGAUUCCUCUCGUUCAUCAUCCCCAUCUCAAAGCCCAUCCUUCUCACGGAGGCUGAGCCCAGAGGCUCGGCUGGACGAAUCAGAGCAAAAUGCUCAGCCUCUCAAUUUAUCAUCCAGCCACAGGGAGCGAGCCCAGGUACAAGCCUCGCCCCUUGAAAGGAGGAGUAGCACCAAUGGACUUCCUCCCAAAGCUCGGAAACCCAAAGGUCUGGAAAUCUCAGCUCCUUCCAUAUUGCUUUCAGGAAGUGACCUGGGUUCCAUUGCCCUCAACAGCCCUGCAUUGCCCUCAGGGUCCCUCACACCAGCCUUCUUUACUGCACAGACUCCCUCGGGUUUGCUGCUGGCUCCAAGCCCUCUCCUCUCCUCUAUUCACUUCUGGAGCAGUCUGAGUCCCGUCGCUCCUCUCAGCCCAGCACGACUACAGGGACACGGAUCCCUCUUCCAGUUCCCUUCUCUGCUGAACGGACCUCUACCCAUGCCUCUCCCCAACCUGGACUCUUCGUCCUCCUCUUCCUCACUUCUCCUCUCAUCUAGUACCCCAAAAUCCUGAUUUCAAUCCCUUGUAUAAAAAAACCCACACACAUUAAUACUUUCUAAAAUGUCAGGGUUGCACUACACCUUCUUAUGGUUAUAGUUACCACAAAAAUAACUUUUUAAGAACAUUUUAAAGAAAGCAUAUUUUUUUUCACAUUUUUUAAAAAACAUUUCUAGACCAAAACUCGGGCUGCACACCAGUCUGCUCAUGUGGUAGGUAUUAUUGUGCCAAAGAAAGCAAAAUGGCACCAGUGAGCUGUUGGAAAAACUCAGCCUUAGAAUGCAAAUCAGUCUCAGCAAAGACACAUUUUCAGAUGAGACGCACCUAAAGCAGUGCUAAACCAUAAAUAUAUGCAUAAUCUUAUGUGUAAUACCCCCACAUUUAGUGAGGACCAAAGAUACCAUUGAAUUCCCAACACAUGCCUAUCAGAAUCGUACAUUUCCUGGUUCUAUUCGUUGCAGAAUCCCACCCACAAGCUAGCUAACACAUGCCUCCUCCACUGUAUUAUUUUGAACUGCUGCUAAUGCAAUGUCAUAAGGCAGCUGACAGCACUUGGAGGAGAGCACUUUCUGCCCAUCCCUGUAUAUGGAUGAGGGAAAAGCUGAAUGACAGAAAGAGGCAUGCCAUCCUGCUCAACCAGAGACAAUAACAAUAAUCUGAAAAUAACAUUUAGUUCCUCCAGUGUUUGGUGCUUUUAUCAGAAGGUUAAUGUCUCUUAGUCCCUUAUUAAAAUCCUCUCAGUUCGGUAAAGCUCUAACUGCAAAGCUAAGAGCAUUCUUAUUUCAACCCAUAUUCGAGAGAUCUUAACAGUUUUUUCAUUUAGUUUUAGUUGUUUGUUUUUGGUUUUGUAAUCAUCUUCAGAGGCUGUGAAUCAGGUUUUCUGUUUAAUUUGUCUGAUAUUGUAUAUUAUUGUAUUGUAUGCACUGUGCGUUAAACUACCGGCUGUGCCUUUUUUCUGUGUAAGAAUGUGUAUAUGUAUUAUUUUCCUGCUUUUAAAAAAAAAAAAUCAAACAAAAUGUUUUGUAAUAGACGAAUUCCAUCACCAUAUUGGAAAGAAAAGCAUUGUAAUAGCUUUGUUAUUUUUUCAUUACGGAACUGAAAACAAAACGUAUUCUCAUUAAUUUUAUAUUUUUGCUUUUUAAAGAAAUGAAAUGUGCCUGUUUUCAAUAAAAGGAAAGCAUUGAAUGCUG